AUGCCACGAAAAUACGUCCGAAAAACAACUAAAGGUAGUUGGAGUACCGAAGACUUAGUAAAAGCCAUAAAUGUUGUUACUAAUAAAGAGAUGAGAAUGCGUAAGGCUGCUAAAAAAUUCAAUAUACGAUACAGCACUCUUCAAGAAAGGAUAAACCGCAGUAAUUAUCAACCACCAAGAUUAGGUGGUACGUCAGUGUUCUCAUCAUCAAAUGAACAAGAAAUUGCUGAUCAUGUAAUUAAACUAGCUAAUCUUUUUUAUGGUCUGACCCCAUUACAACUGAGAGCAGCUGCCUAUACAUUUGCUGUACAAAAUUAUAUUAAAAACAAAUUUAAUCAUCAUCCUGGCUGGUGUUGA